CAUAGGCUGGGUUGAGAUAGCUGUGUGUGUGUUUUAUUUCUUUCUUUGAUAGUGUCUCGUUUUCAAUGCGUUGGUCGUUCCUUCGUCUCCCGUCUUUGCUGCGUCCCACGUCGCCUCGCCCGCAAAUACCUGCUGCCACGCUGUCCCCCUCACAAUCGAUUCGGUCUUUCUCCUUCUCGAGGUCGCUACGAAGCGUCGAUAUGGAAAAGGUGGACACCACAAAGCGUCUGUCGCAGUUGCGCGAUCUGAUGCGCGAGCACAAACUCGACGUCUAUAUUGUACCAUCGGAGGACAGUCACCAGUCCGAAUACAUUGCCCCUUGCGAUGCAAGGAGGGCAUAUAUCUCUGGCUUCACUGGGUCCGCAGGCACCGCUGUGAUUACCCUCGAGAAGGCAGCUCUGUCGACCGAUGGUCGCUACUUCAACCAGGCUUCUAAACAGUUGGAUGAAAACUGGCUGUUGUUGAAGCAAGGCAUGGAAGAUGUCCCCACAUGGCAGGAAUGGACUACAGAGCAGGCAGAAGGCGGCAAAACUGUCGGCGUCGAUCCCACCGUGAUUACAGCCACCGAUGCCCGGAAACUCAGCGAAACAUUGAAGAAGAAGUCACAUGCAACUCUGGUCGGGGUUUCGGACAACCUCGUUGAUAAAAUCUGGAAUGACAGGCCACCAAGGCCGGCAGAGAAGGUGAUUGUCCUCUCUGACAAGUAUGCCGGAAAGCCUUAUCAACAGAAACUUGAUGACCUCCGCAAGGAGUUGAAGAAGAAGAAGGCUGUGGGGAUGAUUGUGUCGAUGCUUGACGAGGUCGCUUGGCUUUUCAACCUCCGUGGCAGUGACAUCCCGUACAACCCUGUCUUCUUCUCAUAUGCAGCGGUCACGCCGAACUCGGCUACGCUGUAUAUUGACUCGGCCAAGAUAGGGACGGAAGUGCGAGAACACCUCGAAGGGACUGUCGAAAUCAAACCUUACGAUGACCUCUUUACUGAUCUCACGAGCAUCGCCGAAACGGCAGCGAGUGAGUUUCAAGCUAAUGGAGUCACUAAAUCCCAUUCUAAUAAACUUCUACUCUCAAACAAAUCGUCUUGGGCACUCUAUCUUGGCUUGGGCGGCGAAGACAAGGUCGAGGAGUCUCGAAGUCCUAUUGCUGACGCGAAGGCCAUCAAGAAUCCCACCGAACUUGAGGGAAUGCGACAAUGUCACAUCCGCGAUGGUGCCGCGCUGAUUGAAUAUUUUGCCUGGCUAGAGGAUGAGCUACACACUGGAUCAUGGAUUGAUGAAGUCCAGGCAGCAGAUAAGCUCGAGGCAAUUAGGUCGAAGGGUGAGCAUUUUGUGGGGUUAUCCUUUGACACCAUCUCAGCAACAGGGCCAAACGCGGCAGUGAUACACUACUCACCCGAGAGGGGCAAUUGCUCGACAGUCGAUGUCAAUGCCGUGUAUUUGUGUGAUUCCGGGGCUCAAUAUCUCGACGGGACCACUGACACCACGCGGACAUUGCAUUUCGGGACUCCGAAGGAUAUGGAAAUCAAGGGGUAUACCUUGGUGCUUAAAGGUGUCAUAGCGCUGGACCGGGCUGUCUUUCCCAAAGGCACAACGGGAUUCGCCAUCGACGCGUUCGCUCGCCAACAUCUCUGGCGCGAGGGGCUCGACUAUCGCCACGGCACGGGUCACGGCGUGGGUUCCUUCCUCAACGUCCACGAAGGUCCCAUCGGCAUCGGCACCCGCGCUGCAUACUCGGAAGUCUCUCUGAGCAUCGGCAACGUCAUCUCCGACGAACCAGGCUACUACGAGGACGGCAGCUUCGGGAUCCGCAUCGAGAACAUGAUCAUGGCUCGCGAGGCUAAGACGAACCACAAGUUUGGCGAUAAGCCCUGGAUCGGGUUCGAGCACGUAACCAUGGUGCCCAUGUGUCGGAAAUUGAUCGACCCAAGUCUGCUGGAUCCGGAGGAGAAGCAGUGGUUGAACGAGUAUCACCGGGAGGUAUGGGAGAAGACCAGUGGGUUUUUUGAGAAGGAUGAGAGAACCACACGGUGGCUAAAGAGGGAGACUGCUCCGUUCUGAUGCCGGAGCAUUUGCAUCGAACGCAGUGGACUGGCAAUGGAAAAUGAGGUUGACCUGUCCCACCUCGAUGACCUAGCAGCCUGAUGCUGUGUUGUAUUUGUAUUCACUGAGCACAUGGUCCAGCGAAUGUGAUUGGGACAAUAACAGAGCCAAUGGUCUUGAACUAGAAGAGGCGGUAUGAAUAGGAUAAUAGCGUCCAAGGCUACCUAUCACGAGGCAGGGAGGGGAAGACAGAGUCUAGCCACUCCGUCGAGGCUAGUAUAUGGCAACCAUCUGGCUUGCUCACUUCCAGAUUCCUCCGACGUUAAGUAGUCUUAACUCCCGGCCCCUCAACAAGGAUGCCGGCCCGCGG